AUGGCCCCCGCCAUUCCCCCAACGCCUUCUGUCACGCCACCACCAGCACUCCCAACAAGCCCAGGUCAACUAGGUCAGCAACCAAGGCCCUUCAAGAGGCCCUCAGGUGAUGAGGACCUCCCUUUGCAAGUUAAACAAGUCAAGAAGACUUCCAAGACCAACAAGAAAACCAAGACCUCCGCUGACCGUGAUGAAGAAGAUGAAGAGGCUGAGGAGCCUACCGUGCAGAAGAUGACUGUUACAUCUAGAAUUCUCAGUGAGAGUGGGGCUGCUCUUGCUCCGCCACCUCGUCGAGCUGGGACUGGGGUUCUCCUACCCCCAGUCGCUCCGAGGAUUGUCUCCACCCGUGUUUGCCGUGCUGAUCCGGGUGAUGUUCCCCAAGUCGUAGACAAGGGGAAAGGUCGCGACUUGACCAAUCUCGGCUCAUCUGACGCAGAGGACGAGCCAGAGGAUAAUGACGAAGAAGAGGAGGAUCAGGAGGAGGAAAAGAAGUUGAGUGAUGAAGGGCCAGGAGAAGUGGAUGACGAUGAAGAGAAGGAGAAGACGUCGAGCGAGGAGGAGAAGGAAAAGAUGUUGAGUGAUGAGGUGUCCAAUGCAGGUGACGACAAGAGUUCUGACACAGGUGACGAUGCCAUGGACCUCGACUCCAACAUCACCCCUCGCAACCUGCCUGCCUCCAAGCGUCAGGCUAGUGCCUCUCCCAUUGCCCAUCGCCAUGUAGCUCAGCGCAGCAAGGCUGACCAUGCCAACAAUACACCUUUGCCUGCUCCUGUCUUUGCUGGGUUCAACGAUAUGCCUUCCUCUCCCAUCGCUGACGACUUCAAUGAUUUGCAAGGCGCCUCCCGUACCAUGGGUGGAGUUGCAAGGGCCAAAGGACAUGGGGUAGCCCCCAACAUGGCUGACUUCAAUACCCAGCAAGCAGACCUUGUCCCCAUUCGCAAUGAGGGCAGGGUCUUGGUGUACAAGCAUGAGGACCGCACCAUCGCUAAGCCCCGUGCUGUAAGGAUCCCUUUGGCUUACACCUUGGGGCCUGUCCUUAAGGCUAUGGUCAAGAAAAUGACCGCUCUUGCAGACUCUGACAUCUCGUUGUGGGUCAACAAUGACUGGGAGAUGAAGGGCCCAUUUGCUGUGGCUAUUGAGGGGGAUGAGCCUGUUGAGUGGGACAACAACAAGGAAAUGGAGUUGUUAAUGGAACGCUCAACCCAAGGCUCUGGCUUCCACCCCCCUCCUUCCCCCUCUGUCACCUCUGUCGACACUCCCUCAACCAUCUCAUCUCUUGCCCCCUCUGCCUCUGUCUCCACUGCUGGUGCCGACACCGCCUCGCUUACCAUUUCCCAGCAGCUCACCACCGCCUUCUCCGACCCCGCCCUUCUUCAGCUUGCCAUCAUGCUGAAGGUGCUCUACAGCAUGACACCCAAGGCAUCUCAGAAGGGUGAGAUCCUGCAGAUCUAUGCUUGGAUGAAGGCAGCUGCCCAAGUCCCAGCAAAGUGGUUGGAACUGAAGAAUGCAGGGAAGUGGACUGGUUGUGAUCUUUCCAUCAACGAACUUUGCUCACUCUACAUCUGCAAGACCAACUACAACACCUACUCCAAGAUGUUCGACAACGCUGAGCAGUUCCCCAUCCUCCAUGCUCUGUUGAACGACCCCACUUACAAUCAGAGCUCAGAGGAACACAGAGCUGUCUGGGGAACUUGCAAGCUUACGAAGGAGAACUUGGCAGUUGUCACAAAGGAGUUGAAGGACAAGGAGGACAAGGAGAAGAGGGCCAAGGAGAAGGCCAGGCUGGCCAAGGAAAAGAAGUCCAAGAAGGCCUCAACUUCAAAUUUUUCUUUACAGGCCCUGCUCAUGCUGCUCUCUUUCUGGCUGCUCCUCGGACUCCUUCCAUGUGUCUCUGCAGCACCACUGGAGGAUCCCUUCCCAGGCAUCCUUUUUGCAGACUUUGCCAAAGUGAUCAAGUCCAGCUUUGGUGCCGACAUCACUCUUGCCACCGUCUUGAUGCUCCUCUUCAGCAUCACCAACAACACCAACCUUCUCAACCUCCAUGGUCAACAACAAGCUGUCCCUACCAACACUCAGGUCGUGACUAGCUGGAUGGCUGCCUUUGUCCGUGCUAUCAAAGACAGGCUUCAGCUUGACUCCCUUGUCGCUGAUGAUGACUCGGAUACUGAAAUGAACACUGACUCUGACUCUGGCUCUGACUCUGGCUCUGCAUCUAGUUCUAGCACCAACACCUCUGUCUCUUCUGAUGCCAGAACUACCUACGACACCCUAUUCCUCCCCACCGAUCGCCAUGAAGACCAGUCUCCAAAGCAACAGACCACUAUUCUGGGUAAAAAGCUUGACUUCUUUUGUCGCUCCCUCAAUCUUUACUCUCAUAACAAAAGAGGUACUUUGCAUGGCAAGCUCCUUCCCAUCUCCACCGCCGAUAUUUGCCCUGUCCUCAUCAUCACUCCCACUGUCAUUCAAUGCUCUGAUGCUACAUGUCCUGGUCGUGCUCUGACUCAGUACCAGCGGUACCGUGAUGUCUCCAAAGCCACCUUGCUUAGGGGGAGCGAGUGCUUUGAGAAGGUUCCAGUACUUGCAGGGAAAUGUCCUGCAUGUUCCUCCAUGUUCUGGGCUGACCAUGAGAGCUCAACAACCCUUCUAACAACCGCCACCUUGCGAUUCACCUUCCAGACGCCAAAUACCUCAAAGUCGGAACUCAGGCAUACCUGGAAGGCUUUUGUCUUGGAGUCCAUCCGGUUGCUUGCUGAGCCUAGUGGUGCUGAGCUCCUCUUUGUGGACAACAUGGCUGUCAAGGACCUCGUGACUGCUGCCUAUGAGUAUCUGGGAGAUGGGGGAAUCAUCCGCAGUGCAGAGGGGCAUUCUUGCGAUGAGUGUUGUCAUGCAUUCAAGGAUGUGGCUGACGUGAUCCCUAAUCAGCCUGACAAUCCUGCUGCUCUUGCUGGCCAUGAUGAAAAUCAUGCUGUCCCAGAGUAUGCAGGCCCUGCUGUGGAAGAUGCUGAGGCCAUGGAUGUUGAUGAUGUCCCAGCCAGUGAUGCAUCUGAACCUGCUGGGGGGGCUGCCCUUAGCAAUCCUGCUGACGUUCGCAUGAUUGUUAUUGAUGGCAUUGUCAUGGGGCCUCGUCACUGUGCCAUGCCAGGGUGCGAGGUGGGAUUGCUUAAUGCUCAGACUGGAGUGUUUUGCAAGGCACAUCAGGACGAGAUGGGGGUCCGUUGUCGCAUGAAAGACUGUGUCAGAGUCAAGGUGGCUGGGACUCAGGCAUGUGUCAAUCACCAGGAGCAGUGGAGGGUCUACCGGGCUCGCUAUGCCAACUCCUCACUCUUAGGAGUUCAGAGGAUGUUGAGGAGGGCUCAGGAGGAGAGGCAGGAGUGGUUGCCUGUUGGUGGAGGAGCAGAGUUGCCAGAGCAUGACGACCUUGCAGAGCAGGAGGUUGAACAGGUCAGUGGCAGCAAGUAUAACAACUACUUCUCUGCUCCUAGGUUCUACUGUGUGGAGACCAUCUGUGCUCCAUGUGGUGUGGUCCUUGCCUGGCGCAAGUUUGCCAAGUCAGAAGGGGUGGCCAAGAUUCUUUGGUUCCUUGAAGAUGUCUAUCCUCACGCCCUAGCUACAUUGCUAUUGACAAAGGGGCACUGGCCUGCUUGGGAACCCACCACUCAGAUCAUUGUUGACUCCUACCACUAUAUCAAUCACCAGGUGACUGACCACCUCUGUCGGACUUGGUGCAACCCUGCACCUCUCAAUGGAGAUGCCCCCAACUUGGUGGUGGUUGAUGAAGACAAACAAGGCAAUCCAUACUACAAGAGGGCCUUCAAUACUCAGGCUUGUGAACAGCUCAAUGCAUGGUUGGGUGGGUUCCAGACAGUUCUCAACUGGAUGACUGUCAGCAACUUUGACUUCACCAUGCAUGUGUUACUGUUCUUGCACACCCAGUGUGUUAUUGCCAGGCAGCAGGGGAGGGAAGAAGAAGCAGGUGAUGAAAGUGAGGAUGAAGAGGAUGAGAAUGGAGUGAGAUAUGGGCAGCAAGAGAUGCAAGAUGAUGAUGAUUGA